AACAAAAACAGGAGCUUAACAUUUCGCUGUUCACAGUCCGCAUUGUCUCUCCUCCGUUCGCGCUACCGUCCCAAAACUUCUUGUAGCUUACCAAAAUAGGACUCGUUCGUACUGAAUAUACCAAAGGGCAAAUACAACUCACUUUAACUCAUAAAGAACCCGAAAUUCAAUGAACAAUGUUUUAUAAUAAUACGUAGAACUGAAACCACCUAGCAAUCGUACGGAUAGCUUAUGUUAACUUCCGGUGUUGUCAUGGCAACUUGACAUGGCGUCAGCUACAUUUACGCUUAACACAUCCAUUCUGCAUAUAGAAGCAGAGACACGAAGUUUAAAAGGCUGCUUGCCAUAAACCCUCCAAACCUAUUUGUGACAACAAAAGUUUGUCUCACAAAGCUGUUCCAACUACGUUGAUACUUAUUUUACUACCUUGAGUAUCUGCCAAUGAUGGAGGCCCCGCUGGAAGACGAGACUCCUGCUGGAGCCUUAGCGGACAUUGAGGGACUAGUAGACCAUGGAGAGAAGUUGAAAUCCUCUGACGAAGCUAUCACGUUCAUGUCCAGCAUUGAGCCUGCAGAGCUGCUCCAGUGUGUGUUUCCAGACUCUCUAGUGACUGUGUCAGAGGGGGGCCGAGUCCUGGGGCAGUUCAGUGUGACGGUGGAGUUUGCCCGUAGAGUCCAGCAGCCCUGUAUGCUGCUGCAUGCUCAGAGCCAGGGGGCCAUUGAUGACUCCCCCUGUGGAACUACAGUGACAGCCUACAUAACCACGGACCUGGAGGUGCUGGAAGAAGAUUACCAUGAGUAUGUCAAGCUUAAGGGUCACAGUUUGGACAAGAGGUGUCACAUUGUGCAGCAUAACGGGCGGAUGGUGAUCGAUAAAGUUACCACUGUAGGAGAGGAGACGGCGAAGGAGACCGUUUCUUAUCCCAUGUCUGUCCUGAGAGGGCUGGUUACAGAGGGGUCCAACUUUCUGCUGAUGCGCCUGAUCGCUCUUAGAAAGAAGGCGCCAGAACACAUGACCUUCCUCUCCUUCGACCAAGGAUUACACAUCAUCCACACCACUUUUAGUGAGCUGGGUCUGAAACAGCUGGAAGUUGGGGGUAAGACCAUGGAGGUAUUUGGGCUGGAGAGGAUUGUACACUCUGUGGAGGACAGCCCUACUACUUGGCAGUGCUACUUCCUGGCUGAUGGGCACUUGGCCAGCAGAGUGCAGGUGGGAUCACCAAUCACUACAAGGCUUCUGCAGCUGCCAUCACAGCUAGAAAAAGGUUUUGAGAAGAUCCCUCUGGUUUGGGAAGAAGACAUGCAGAUGCACUCCAAGUUCUUGGACAGAAAGGAGGAGCUGAAGGCGGACCAUGCCUCGUACCUGAGACAACAUCCAGAUAUCCGUGCCCUCAUAUCUGACUUCCUGCAGUUUUUGCUGUUGAGGAAACCAGAUGACGUCUUCCAGGCUGCUAGGGAGUACUUCCUCCCUUUUGCCUCCCGUCGUCCUCCAGAACCAAGCCUGAAAGCCCCCUCACUCUAAAAGACCUCCGGGCUCACAUGCUAAAAGCAGCCUUUUUUUUUUAUAGCUUUCUGUUUUUUAACUUGAGAUUAAAUCUUAAAAUUGCA